AUGGUCCCUCUCCAUCUUUUCCUGCGCCUCCCCGCCGCCCCUCGCUCUCCCCCCGCACAUCGCCACCCCCCCAGCCGCCGCAGCCCUCCCGUUUCCAUACUCACGGCCCCGGCGCCGGGAUCGGGAGCGGGUCCCUCUCUCCCUCGCUCCCUCGCUGGGCGGCAGCGCCCGGCGGCGCAGGCGCGCUGCUGCCGCCUCCUCCCCCCGCGGCGGUGGCGGGGCGGCCGCGGCUCCGCUCAGAGCCGGGCGAGCGCGGCUCGGGCCGGGGCGGGACGAGGGAGCGACGGACGGGGCGAGGGAGGCGGGGACCGCGCUCGGGAGCCGCGCCGCACACCCGGCCCGUCAGUGACCGGCGCUGCUGGGGAGGAGGAGGAGGAGGAGGAGGUGGUGGUGGAGGAGGCGGCGGCGGCGGCGAGAGAUUCUCCCACCCCCACCCACCGAGCUGAGAGCCACUUUUUCAGCAUUUUUGUGAAAAGAGGAGCGUGCCAACACCUUGUCUCAGGAGUGUUUUGGAGUAUGACUUCUGCAACAUCACCUAUCAUUUUGAAAUGGGACCCCAAAAGUUUGGAAAUCAGGACUCUCACAGUGGAGAGGCUGCUGGAGCCACUCGUUACCCAGAUAAGUUAA